AACAGUGCAGAGCCCAAAAAUCGACAAAAUGUCUAUUUUCACAUCUGGCUCUCUAAAACGUUCAUCGGGCGUUUUAGACGCAAUUAGAAAGCAGGUUAAGCUGAUCACAUUGAAACCAGCCAAGCGGAUCGUAGUAAAAUUCGACCCCUUUCACGAAAAAGCUCCCGAGACCAGGAAAUUUUUGUACCACAUCUCAGACCAGAGUGUGCUGGACACGAAUUUGUAUUGCAUUCUCAAGACAGAAGUUCAAAGUGAUUUAUCAACACCGUCAGUUGAAAUUCAAUUGAACGAAGGCGGAAAAGUAACCGUCAAGAGCGAGAAUCUGUCCUGUCUGGAAAUUUUGAAAAUCUACAACAAGCACGUCACACCGCUUGCUCCAGUAGAAGAGGUCGGCACGGCACUCAAAACAAAAGCGACCAAGACGUCGCACCAAUUGGCGGCCAAAAAGAAGAGGUAAUCAGCCGAGAACUAGACGACGCAUUUUGACUGACUAGAGCGUAGAACUAAAAUCAGUGACCAUGAGGCAGGAAAAGCAGUAUAGCAUGAAGAUGAUCGACACCCUGUACAACGAGUACGUCCCGUCGUUCACGGACAUCUUCGACGAGGACACUUGGUACAUUUUCGUGACUUGUUUCACUAUCUCUACAAUUAUAAUAG